AUGAGUAAUAAUAACGUUAUUACAAAAAUGAAACCAUUCACCUACAAACCACCAAAAUUAUCAAUCGAUGUGAAAAAACUAAAAUCCAAUCCCAGCGAUAUUGGUUUCGAUAGAUCUAAAUUCAUCACUAAAAUACCUUUAGUUUGUGUGGCCUUCCCAAACCCUCAAAACAUUGGUAUUUUUUGUAAAAAAUUUAAAUCUGAUAUAUUACAUGUUGAAAGAUUACAGCAUAUAGUAAAACUCGCCAAGCCAAGUCCUACUCCUGCGGGCACAGGUAAUGAUAUUAAGAAUAAAAAAGUACAGCUAUCCAAAGGUAUUCUUUUAAAAGAUGAAAUAACAAGUAUUGAUCAAGUCACCCCCGAUAAUAUAGCACCAAAUGCAUACAAGUUCUUGAUUGACAACGAUGCAUCUAUAACUGGAUAUGAUUAUAUUUGUGAUUAUGAUUUCUGGAAGACGGAUGAGAUUUUGUCGAGUAUAAUACCAGUUGGUUACUGUAGUAGAGAAAGUCUUCCAUCAAGUUUUACUGCCACCGGACAUAUUGCCCACGUGAAUUUAAGGGACGAAUUUAAACCGUAUAGUCGCAUUAUCGGACAAAUUAUUAUAGAUAAAAAUCAGCCCAAGAUCAAAAUGGUUGUUAAUAAGCUGGAUAGUAUUAAUAGCAAAUUUAGAACCUUUGACAUGGAAAUAUUAUCCUGUAUUGGUGAUGGUAGCAGCGAUAGCAACGUUUUUGAAGUUCAACACAGAGAAAGUGACUGUUUGUUUACUUUUGAUUUCAGUAAGGUAUAUUGGAAUAGUAGAUUACACACAGAACAUGAUAGAUUGAUUAGUAAAUUCAAGCCCGGUCAAGUAGUUGGUGAUGUUUUUGCCGGUGUUGGUCCAUUUAGCGUUCCUGCAGGCAAAAAAAAGGUAUUUGUAUUGAGCAAUGAUCUAAACCCAUUUAGCUAUAAAUAUAUGUGUUUGAAUAUUAAAGAUAAUAAAGUUGGUUCCUAUGUUAGACCAUAUAACAUGGAUGGUGGUGAAUUUAUCAAGAAAUCUAUUUCAUUAUUAAAUGAGUGGUAUAUGUCUACUGGUAAUAAAAAUGGUGAAAUUCUGAUUACAAAAGGUGGAGGCAAAUAUAAAGACGAAACAACCGGGAAGGUUUUAUAUAAGGAUGAAAUAGUUAAACUACCUAGAUUUUAUCAUCAUUAUGUGAUGAAUCUGCCUGACACUGCUAUAAACUUUUUGGGUAAUUUUGUUGGAUUGUAUAAUGAUCAUCAAGAUUUGGUUAAUGGUAGCGAUGGCAACACCACGAAUUUUCAAUUGCCUUGUAUCCAUGUUCAUUGUUUUGAAAAGUUUUCGCCAGAAGAAACGCAUAGUAUAACGAUGGAGGAAUUGCAUCAUAGGAUGCACCAAAGGAUUUUAAAAAUCAUGGGGACCACAGAAGAUGUAUUAUUAUUUAAUAAGAUGGAAUUUCACUUGGUCAGAAAAGUAGCACCUACUAAGCCAAUGUUUUGUGUAAGUUUUGAAUUGCCGAUGGAAUUAGCAAUUACUACCAUUUAG